AAGGGCGGGGCGUGCUCUGCGCAUGCGCGCUGCCUUCCCGGAAGCGGCUGCUCGGGCUCCGCCGGUGCGCUCCGCGGGCCAUGGCCGGCAUCAAAGCUCUGAUCAGCCUGUCCUUUGGGGGAGCGGUCGGACUGAUGUUCCUGAUGCUGGGAUGCGCCCUCCCCCAGUACAACCAGUACUGGCCACUGUUUGUUCUGUUUUUUUACAUCCUUUCUCCUAUACCGUACUGCAUAGCAAGAAGAUUAGUAGAUGACACAGAUGCUACAAGUAAUGCCUGCAAGGAGCUAGCCAUAUUUCUUACAACAGGCAUUGUUGUCUCAGCAUUUGGGCUACCGAUAGUGUUUGCCAGAGCAGAACUGAUUUACUGGGGCGCGUGUGCACUUGUUCUUACGGGGAAUACAGUCAUCUUUGCUACGAUCCUAGGAUUUUUCUUGGUCUUUGGCAGCAAUGACGACUUCAGCUGGCAGCAGUGGUGAAAGGAAGAUAAAGAACUAUCACAGACACCCUGUCGUUCAGUGGCCAUGCAUACAAACGAGAGAAUGGGCAAUAAGAGAAGUAGCGUAGCAAGCCUCUCGAGUAUUCUAGAUACUCCUUUUUUUCUCCUUGUUCAUUCUGAGUGUACUACUGUUUUUCUGAUGGGUUUCUAGGUUUUUAUGAAGUGAAGAGAUGGUUGAUUUCAUUUUUACCUUUGGUAUAUUUUUAGGUGCUCUGUUUGUUUAAAAUUUUCAUUCUUGUUCUGCUCAGUGUGUACGUAAAGCUUUAAAGCUGGAACAAGGAUGUUAAAAACAAGGUUUCAAAGAAAAUUUCAAGUCUUUUUUGUUGUUUAGCAUUAAUACAGUGCUUCAAAAGAACUUUUUUUAAAUGGUGAUUAUAUACAAGCUGAACUGACAUAAGCAAUUGUACGCCACCAUUGUCAAUCACCAGAUACAAAGAUUGUAGUUAUAUUUUACCAGAGGCAAGGAUGGGGGAGUACCAGUAGCAGAUUUUUUUUCUGCCCAUACCUAAAACUGGGUGAUGAAUGUUGAUAGCCUUCAGUUAAGGAAAAGGCUGAGAAGCAGGUAGAGUUAUUUGGGAAAAAUCCUGAAUUUAAGCACUUUUACCUGCUUCCUUAUCAAUUUUUGUGUGGAUGUGACAUUCAAAUUCUCUGUAAACGUGUUGAUGCUAUGACAGACAAAACCAAAUUGCAUUGUAGGGGAAGGGAAAAACGAUGUUUAAAUUCCAUUUUUGAAAUAUUUUUUGAACUGUAUUUAUAUAAGUAUUGUAUGGUUUUGAGCUUUUAUGUCAACUUUUUACCACAAAGAGGGUAAAAUGUUCAUUUAUGGAACUACUGGUCUGAGUUAAUUUGAAGCAUGUAUGAAACUUUUUCCUCAUUCCCCUUUUUAAUUUAUUUUAUACAUAAACAGAAUAAAGCUUUUCAAAUGUAGAUUAAAACUAUGUUAAACUUGCCUAAGAAUGAUUCCCUCCACCUUUUUUUUUUUUCCUUUGCACAAUGCAGUUGAGCCAUGACUUUUUUGGAAGUCACUGGCUGAACUGAUUUCACUGACUGUUUUUAAGUUCUUAUGCACUAUGGGUUAAUAAGAUUUAUUGUUUUGUCUGUAACCAUAGACUUGAGUUCUGUAAGUUUACACAUGUAGCUUCAAAUAUUUCAGUCAUUUCUGCAUACCUCUCAAUUGUCCGUAUUUUUCAUUUAAAGAAAUCUGUCAUUAGACAUUCCAUUGUGAGAGAGCUGAUGGGGGCCAGUUAAGCAGGCUUGGCUGUACCACAUACAGUGAUAAACCUCUAAACUCCAUUUUUAUUCACCUCUUUAAAAGUCUGGGAAAUGUCCUGUGCAUAAUUAAAAGGUGGUGAUUGCUAAGAUCUUACUUAACAGUGGAGUGGUAUGAAAAGGCACAGAAUAUCAGGCCUUAGCUGUCAUGUUUGUGCGCAGAUGUAAAUGAAACACAAAGCUUGAAUAUUUGAAGUCGGACAGUAAUAGUAGCUACUUAAGUGAUGUGCUCAUGGAACUUAUACCAGCAGGUUGGGGCGGUGGAGGUGUAGUUACCUACAAGUGCUGCUUCAUUAAUGUCCCCCUGUGCAUAAAAUAAGAACUCAACGUUAUCCGCACUGGUAGAGGAACAAAUGGUUGUUAAGACCAUAGUGCAGAAGCAAGCAGGUAGCAUUUCAGUCCUAAAUAAGUGCUUCACCAAACUCUCUGCAAUCAUUAAAAGAUGCCUAAGAGCUGUAAAGCUGCUCAUUUCAUGAUGGUUUCAAUGAGAUGUCUGCACCCCUAGCCCCAAAAUGAUGGAUUCUUCAGAUUUUCUAAACCAAUGGUUAUAUUUGCAGUCUUUGCCCUUGUGAAGGAAGAACAAUGAAGACUUGUACAAAUCUGAAUCUGUUACCAGCUCUUUUUGUUUGUUUUUGUGGUCCGGAACUGUGGUAGUUGGUCCCCAUCCCUUGCUCCUGAAUUCCUGUGCUGCUAGUCUACUUCUCAAUUUGAUGCUACUCUGAAACACCAGGACAUGGAAUUGCGCGUGUAUGCAUCGGCUGUACAUUUUGUAUGUUAAUUCCAUUACAGUGUUACAUUCUUUCCCUUGCACACCAAGCACAGGCAGCCUGGCUCUGGCUUGAGCUAGACACUUGGGAGGUACGAACUUUCUGUGUAAUAGGCACUGAGACAACAUUGCCAUCCUAUAGAAUUUUGAACAAUAAAAAUUUUAAAUAGCAAUCCCAGUUCUGUACCUUUAAUCAAAAAUACUCAAAUAAAAGAGUACUUUGUUUAACAACG